AUGCUCGUGACAUGCAGGCGGUUCAGCAGCGUUUGCCACCCCGCUGCCAGCUGGUCGCUACGCGCCUCGGCCGCCAUCGAAAUGCUUCUGCCGGCAGACGCAGCGCGAUGGACGGCGGCGGCGCAGCGGCUGCUCCUGAGCGCCGCGGCGGAGGGCAACCUUGAGGCGAUUUACGUUGUGGGCAUGAUCUCCUUCUACUGCCUCAAUAACCACUGGGCGGGCGCGAAGCUCCUCGCGCAAGCGGCGGAAGCGGGGCACGGCGCAGCGAUGUACUCUCUCGCAAUAAUCAACUUCCACGGCAGCGGCGGCGCGUCGGACGACGCGAAUCCCGAGGUCGGCGUGGAGCUGAGCUGGCGCGCCGCGCGGCUCGGGUUCCUCCCCGCGUUACAGGAACUCGGGCAUUGCUUUUUAGACGGGUACGGCGUCGCGCAAAGGACGUCCUUGGGGCAGCUGCUGCUGCAGCACGCGGCGGCGGGGCUGGCGGAAGCGGACCGGCGGAGAAGCGCGAAGACAAAGGCGCGCUCCGCGCCCGUUUCCCCCGCGUGCGCGGAAGCAGGAGCGGCGCGAGUGGAGGUUCUGAAGGAGGGGAAGCGGAAUCCGCAGUCACAGCAGCAGCCGCAGCAGCGGGAGCUCCGCAGCAUCGGCCGCUCGCGCAGCUGGCCGCAAUGCCUUGUUUCUUGCCCCGGCGGCGGAGUCUCCGCCUCCGCCCGCGCGCGCGCCGGCGCGAGAGGUGACUGUAACGAAGCGUGCGGCAGGGGGAUGCUGCGAGGCGCUGACGCUGGAGGCGCGAGGCUUAGGGGGGAUGUGACUGUAGAGGGCAGGGGGAACGGUGGCGCUAGAGGCGCGGGGGAAGGAAAGGAAGUGAGGGAGAUCAACGGUCGCGAUGACGCGCAAGGGGAGGAGCGGCAGAUGCUUAGAGAGGCGGAAAGCGCGCAAGCGCCAUCUGAACGGGUCGCGGAUCGAACCAUGGUUUUCUCACUCUGUUCCGAGGAGGAAGAGAGAGAGGAGGGGCAAGAGGGGCAGAUGCGGCAGGGGGCGGAAGGGGAGGAAGACGCAAUGGGAAUGUUGCUGUUGCUAGAGGAGAUUGCUGGGGAGAGAGGCGUGGAGGGAGCAGAGAGCAAGCAGGAGAGCGAGCUGGAAAGCCAAGGGUUUGAGGCUUGCUCUUUAUCCCUGGAACUGUCCCUCUCGCCGCCUUCGCCUGUCUGUGAAUCAGCAGACGCUAUUGCUGCUUCUGCUGCUGCUGCUGCAGAUGCUCUAGCUGGUAUUCUGAGAAGCUAUGGGGGCGUGUGUAGAGAGGACCAAGACUCUUGGAUAGACUCAGAGGAUGAUGAGAGUGAUGAGGAGGGGGGUGAGGAGAUGGAGGAGGAGAGGGAGGAGGAGGAGGAGAGGGAGGAGGAGGAGGAGAGGGAGGAAGGGUCAAGCAGCCCACUGCUCUCUGCUGCGUCCUUCGCCUCUCUCGCUUUUAUUCGGCAAAUGCUCCCGCUUACCGCCUCUACUGCCGCCGCUGCUGCCACUGCUACAGCUGCUCUGGCUGUAGCCGCCACGUCAGCAGCUGCCGCAUCCACCGCAGCCCUCCAGCUGGCGUUUCCGCGGCCGCAGGCCGCCCAUCGCGUGCACGACUUCCUCGCCAGCUGGCACGCGCUGCGCUCGCUGCCAGUUGGCAGGCGCUGCUGCGGUAACCCUGCGUGCUGCCGCCCGGAGACGAGGGAGAAUGAGUUCAGGAGUUGUGUGCGGUGCGGGAAGGCCAAGUACUGCAGUCGGUCGUGCCAGGUGGCUGAUUGGAAGUUCAGGCACUCCUUCAUCUGCUGCCCUGAGUAA